CUGUUCUUUCAUAUUGCCGAACGCCGUCGAAGUGGAGCAACAAAGGACCUGCCUCUUCAUGUUGUAAAUCUAGAAUAGAAAGAAAGCCGGAUUUUUUAAAUAUUCUCUUUAAAUACCAUUAUAGCAAUGGAGUUAACGUACCAUGCUUUAAAAAAGACGCAUGAAGUGAGGGAAGCGGAAGAGAUGCGAAUAGAAGCCCGUCGAAAAAAUCUUCUCAUUCUGAUACUACAUUAUUUAACUGAAGAAGGAUAUGUUGAUACUGCAAACACUUUGGAACAAGAAACAAAAAUGAACUUGCGACGCUUUGAAGUUUGCGACAAUGUUGAUCUUGAAACUAUUAUGAUGGAAUAUGAAAGCUAUUACUACGUUAAAUUUCAGAAGUAUCCAAAGAUCACCAAAAAGACCUUAGAUUCCACUGAUAAUAAAUCAAGAAGUGGAGGAAAAUUAAAAAGGGCAGGUAGCAGCACAUACCGAAAUCUCCCUAAAAUCAGCCAGCAUCAAACAACGCAGAGGCCCACAUCAAAAGCAAAUGCUUCGAGAACAGCAGACUCCAAAUGCUGCAGCAAGGAGAGCCCUAGACAGGACAGUGAAGAUGCUUUGACUCGUAUGUCAUCUGACUUUGGUUUAAAUGUAUCCGCAAUCCACAAAGGAGGAGGUGGAGAAGGGACUCAUCCUAGAAGGGGUCAAAUUAUUGAUUUCCGUGGGAUGAUCCACGAUGCUAUUAAAGGUGCUUCAAGUGAAAUAGCUUUGCAUAGUCUUAACUGCAAUCCGGAUCCUUCGGAACGACUGUUAAAACCACUAGGAGCCUUUGGUGGGAUGUCUGCUGAAAUGAGAGAACUUGCUACAGUCGUGAGCCGGGAUAUUUAUCUCCAUAAUCCAAACGUCAAAUGGAGUGAUAUUAUUGGACUUGAUGCAGCCAAACGGUUAGUCAAGGAAGCUGUGGUGUAUCCCAUACGGUAUCCACAGCUGUUUACAGGCAUCUUGUCUCCAUGGAAAGGAUUACUGCUUUAUGGACCUCCAGGUACUGGAAAAACUUUGCUUGCAAAAGCUGUGGCCACUGAAUGCAAUACUACUUUCUUCAAUAUCUCAGCAUCCACUAUCGUCAGCAAAUGGAGGGGUGAUUCAGAAAAACUUGUCAGAGUCUUGUUUGAGCUGGCCCGCUACCAUGCUCCCUCCACAAUCUUCCUGGAUGAGCUGGAGUCCGUCAUGAGUCAACGAGGCACUGUGCCAGGUGGUGAACACGAAGGAAGCAGGCGGAUGAAAACAGAAUUAUUGGUGCAGAUGGAUGGCCUGGCCCGAUCGGAUGAUCUUGUCUUUGUUUUAGCGGCUUCCAACCUACCCUGGGAACUGGAUUGUGCCAUGCUUCGCCGGCUGGAAAAAAGGAUCCUGGUUGACCUGCCGAGUCAAGAGGCACGGCAAGCAAUGAUCCAGCACUGGCUUCCUCCUGUGAGCAACAGCGGAGGAGUGACACUGAGGACCGAGUUGGACUACGCCUUGCUCAGUCAGGAGAUGGACGGGUAUUCUGGCUCCGACAUCAAAUUGGGCUGCAAAGAAGCUGCGAUGCGACCCGUAAGAAAAAUCUUCAGUGCCCUUGAAAACCACCAACCAGACACUGGGAGCCUACCUGUAAUCCAACUGGACACUGUCACCACAAAAGACUUCCUGGAGGUGCUCAUGCACACCAAGCCCUCUGCUAAGAAUCUCACCCAGAAAUACACCAGCUGGCAAAGAGAAUUUGAAUCUGUCUGAAACUUUAAACCAGGAUUUCAUCCUCAAAAAAAGGCAGCCCCAGCCAAUUCCUAUAAGCAAAAGGCUGAAGACUUGUAUGCAAAGAACAUCAAGAAGACAUUUAACAACUGAGAGGGAGCUAGCAAUUGGUCUUUGGCAUCUUCUCUCUACAGUUCUUUCUAGCUGCUCGCUUUUUAUUAAUAUGCAAGGAAAACAAUUUUGCACUUUAUUACUUUAAACCUAAAAGCAAUAGGUAUGUAUUAAAUAUAUUUUCUAUAAUGCAGCUAACAUCUAUAACCCAUCUCUCACUGACUCACUGUACUAAUAUUUUGGUACUGGGCUUUCCCUCCUUGGAGGAGCAAACUGACAGGUGUUUUAGCUGCUCUGUACAAUGAUCCUUGCCUAAAUUUAGAUAUAAGCAGAGCUGGCAACAAAGAAGAAUAAAAAUUUGUUCCCUCUCAGGGUGUA